AAUCUAGGCCGAGGCCCGUCAUCCUGGCCAUCCUGACCCCAAACGUUUUAUCCUACCUUCCGGCAGCGUAUCGGCGGUGUUGACCAACUCUCACAGCAGGUACAACCAUGCCGGCGAACUUCAAAACGUAUGAGGCUCAGGCCCGCCUCCUCGCUGCUGUCGUUGCAGCCCACCCUGGCUUGAAAUUGGACUACAAAGCCAUGGCUGAACAUUAUGGCUCCGAUGUGACUCCGGUGGCCCUACAACACCGCUUUCGACCUGUCAAGAAGCAAGCCGAUGUCCUCCGCAUGCUCGUCAACAACGGCAAGGACACGAAGGACGUGGAUGUCCUAGAUAAUGAUGAUAUUGCCAAGUACUUUGGAGAGAGUACCCCGGAUGGAAUCCAGUUCCAGUUCAGAAGCAUCAAGAAAGAUGCCGACGCGCUGAAGAACGCCGUUAACACCGGCGGGAACCCCGCGGAGGCUCUUGGGAGCAAGAACGGCUCCGUACCGGCCACUCCCAGAAAGCGCAACACCAAUAAAGCCCCUGCGACCCCCGGAACCCGAGGAAGCAAGGCAACCACCACCGGCAGCCGCACCGGUAGCAAGCGCAAGGUCGCCCCCGUCAAGUACAAGGAGGACACUAAGGAUGAAUCCUCCAGCGAUGUCGACUAUGACGAGCUGGACCUUCCGCCCGAGCUGAAGAAGUUCAGACCCAGGUCCAACAUAUUCGGCGCUGCCCACCCCGUCGCGAGCGUCAAUGCCGCCCCCGCUGCCGGCUCCGUGCCCUCGCCGUCGUUCACCCAGACUCCGAGCGAGUCCGACUUCAGCACGGUCCAGACCCCCUCGCAGCAGCAGGCUGUCCCGGUCUUGCCCUUCCACGACGCCCCCAAGCCCGAGGCGGCGGCCUACCCGUUCGGCAUGUCCGACUACGGCGUGGACGACCACUCCUUGAGCUUCAUGAGCAGCGGCGGCAGCGGCCCCAGCCACCUUGCUUCGGCCGGGCCAGCUGGCGACUUCUCCUCCACGUUCGCGCACAACUACCACGAGGACGAUGGCGAGAUCUGAGACCUCUACCGCGUCGUCUCCCAGGUGCUGGUUCGACCGACAACCUCACGGUGGUCGUUCGCCUCGCAACACCAUCUUUCUUUUUCAGUCUGCGUUG